UACAGUGGUAGGAACCAUUUCUGUUCACGGAUGCAGAGUAAUGAAGAACGAAUUAUUAUGACCGUGUUAAGACGUCGUUGCUACACCCACACCAUGCUCCUGUUCUACCGAUCAACAAACACCUACGCGUCGAUAAAUGAACAGCGAAAGAGAGAAAGAGUGAAGGCGCGAGAAGUUUGAAAAAGAAAGAAAAAAAGAGCAGGAAUAAAGGGGGGAAAAGCCAAGACCCGUACUCAUCAGUACAUGGGUAUGUUUGGACCCUGUAGUGAUAGGGCACAGCUGUAACACUCGUUGGAAAUUGUAGUGCCUGUUCGCCAUCUUCGAACCCAUAGAGUCGCGGCUUUGAUCUACCGUAAAAACGGUUUUCCUCCUUUUUUGAUCUUCUCACCUCUCGUAUUUUCGAGAGGUUGGCGGUAAGAAACCGCCAAUCUACCUGAAAUCGGUCUGCGGUGAAUUAGUCACAAGGCCAUUGUCAUAUUCAUAGUGGAAAGCUGAGAUACGCGAUUUACGCAUAAGGUGCCAGAAGGAAUAUCGAGCUGAAGGCAUGCAGGGACGAAUCACCCGUGGAUAUUUUAUAGUAGUAGCACUGUUUCUGGCUUGCUGCUGGAUGAAUCCGAAUGACGCGAUCCCGCACCAAAUACGUUCACGUACAAAAAAGCAGGUAAGUCAUCAGGUCAACCACAGGUCAGCUGCAAAUACAGCGAGCCUGUCUUACGAUGCACUUGGACAUUUGGACCUAAGACGAGACCAGAAGUCGGUACUACCUGGUGGCCGUGAGAAAUGGAGGUCCUUGAAACGAACGCUGAGUUCAGGAGAGUUUCCGUGGACGGUGAUGGAACCGUUGAAAGUACAGGCGAAAAACUGCACCGAACCCCAUAACUCGGAUGACAGAUAUUCGAGCAGCUUCAACGUGAAUUCGACAGUUAAAUCUAUCUACGCUGGUAACGAUUUUGAAAUAGCAGGUGAAGCCGAGACGAAAAGAACCAGCAGCGUACACGUUGGCGAGGAUAUCACGCUGUGUUGGAUAGAGACUACGACCAUCAAGGAGGACCACCACAUGCAUCCAGUGCAGAGACAAGUGCUCAGAGAGUACACUAUAUCCUUCGAGAAUGCUGCAACCAUACCAGAACGGUAUCUUGAAUGUAUUCAGCUGGAGGGCGAGGUCGAUUCAACGGACAGCAGCUUUCCAAAAUCGACCUUGUUCGAAGUGGUGGAUGAAAACACUCGGCAUAGUCGUGUAGUCAACUUUACUACGGUGAGUCACACCGACGACUUAACCGUAUGGCAGCACAAGCGAGUCCAGUGCGGAGUAGGCCCAGUUGUCACCAAAAACAUCAUUGAGUGGGCCGCGGAACGAGCGGAACAUCCGAAGAGGAGAAUCGAGAUCAAGGUCAGUCCCAAGAUCCACCGACUCACCGCUGUUCCCACCGAGACCGAACCCUGCACAACGGACCUCAUAGACUGGCAAGUCACGUCAACCACCACUUCUUCCUUCAUCGUGGACUGUGGCCUAGGAUCAACCUGCGAGAGCUACAGCGACUGCGCCGAAGAAAACUGUGGCUAUUCUUCGACUUCUGAGGUAGACGUGUCUAACGAUCUUUGGCAGGAACAAGCUACCACAGCAUCCACAACACUCUCGAAUAGUUCGGAAUCGGAAACUUCAGUGACUACGACCACCGAAGUCUCAACAGCAAUGUCGUCAAUCUCGUAUAACCAAGACUGCAGCCCAGGAUCGACCUGCGAGAGCUACAGCGACUGCGCCGACAAAAACUGUGGCUAUUCUUCGAUUUUUGAGACAGACGUGACUGAUGAUCUUCGGCAGGAACAAGCUACCACGGCUUCCAUAACACUCUCGGAUAGUUCGGAAUCAGAAACGUCAGUGACUACGACCACCGAAGUCUCAACUGCGAUGUCGUCAAUCUCGUAUAACCAAGACUGUGGCCCAGGAUCGACCUGCGAGAGCUACAGCGACUGCGCCGACGAAAACUGUGGCUAUUCUUCGAUUUUUGAGACAGACGUGACUGAUGAUCUUCGGCAGGAACAAGCUACCACGGCUUCCAUAACACUCUCGGAUAGUUCGGAAUCAGAAACGUCAGUGACUACGACCACCGAAGUCUCAACUGCGAUGUCGUCAAUCUCGUAUAACCAAGACUGUGGCCCAGGAUCGACCUGCGAGAGCUACAGCGACUGCGCCGACGAAAACUGUGGCUAUUCUUCGAUUUUUGAGACAGACGUGACUGAUGAUCUUCGGCAGGAACAAGCUACCACGGCUUCCAUAACACUCUCGGAUAGUUCGGAAUCAGAAACGUCAGUGACUACGACCACCGAAGUCUCAACUGCGAUGUCGUCAAUCUCGUAUAACCAAGACUGUGACCCAGGAUCGACCUGCGAGAGCUACAGCGACUGCGCCGACGAAAAUUGUGGCUAUUCUUCGAUUUUUGAGACAGACGUGACUGAUGAUCUUCGGCAGGAACAAGCUACCACGGCUUCCAUAACACUCUCGGAUAGUUCGGAAUCAGAAACGUCAGUGACUACGACCACCGAAGUCUCAACUGCGAUGUCGUCAAUCUCGUAUAACCAAGACUGUGGCCCAGGAUCGACCUGCGAGAGCUACAGCGACUGCGCCGACGAAAACUGUGGCUAUUCUUCGAUUUUUGAGACAGACGUGACUGAUGAUCUUCGGCAGGAACAAGCUACCACGGCUUCCAUAACACUCUCGGAUAGUUCGGAAUCAGAAACGUCAGUGACUACGACCACCGAAGUCUCAACUGCGAUGUCGUCAAUCUCGUAUAACCAAGACUGUGACCCAGGAUCGACCUGCGAGAGCUACAGCGACUGCGCCGACGAAAACUGUGGCUAUUCUUCGAUUUUUGAGACAGACGUGACUGAUGAUCUUCGGCAGGAACAAGCUACCACGGCUUCCAUAACACUCUUGGAUAGUUCGGAAUCGGAAACGUCAGUGACUACGACCACCGAAGUCUCAACUGCAAUGUCUUCAAACUCGUAUAACCAAGACUGCAGCCCAGGGUCGACCUGCGAGAGCUACAGCGACUGCGCCGACGAAAAUUGUGGCUAUUCUUCGAUUUUUGAGACAGACGUGACUGAUGAUCUUCGGCAGGAACAAGCUACCACGGCUUCCAUAACACUCUCGGAUAGUUCGGAAUCGGAAACGUCAGUGACUACGACCACCGAAGUCUCAACUGCAAUGUCGUCAAUCUCGUAUAACCAAGACUGUAGCCCAGGAUCGACCUGCGAGAGCUACAGCGACUGCGCCGACGAAAACUGUGGCUAUUCUUCGAUUUCUGAGAUAGACGUGACUGAUGAUCUUCGGCAGGAACAAGCUACCACGGCUUCCAUAACACUCUCGGAUAGUUCGGAAUCGGAAACGUCAGUGACUACGACCACCGAAGUCUCAACUGCGAUGUCGUCAAUCUCGUAUAACCAAGACUGUGGCCCAGAAUCGACCUGCGAGAGCUACAGCGACUGCGCCGACGAAAACUGUGGCUAUUCUUCGAUUUCUGAGACAGACGUGACUGAUGAUCUUCGGCAGGAACAAGCUACCACGGCAUCCAUAACACUCUCGGAUAGUUCGGAAUCGGAAAUUUUAGUGACUACGACCACCGAAGUCUCAACUGCAAUGUCUUCAAACUCGUAUAACCAAGACUGUGGCCCAGGAUCGACCUGCGAGAGCUACAGCGACUGCGCCGACGAAAACUGUGGCUAUUCUUCGAUUUCUGAGACAGACGUGACUGAUGAUUUUCGGCAGGAACAAGCUACCACGGCUUCCAUAACACUCUCGGAUAGUUCGGAAUCGGAAACGUCAGUGACUACGACCACCGAAGUCUCAACUGCGAUGUCGUCAAUCUCGUAUAACCAAGACUGUGGCCCAGGAUCGACCUGCGAGAGCUACAGCGACUGCGCCGACGAAAACUGUGGCUAUUCUUCGAUUUCUGAGACAGACGUGACUGAUGAUUUUCGGCAGGAACAAGCUACCACGGCAUCCAUAACACUCUCGGAUAGUUCGGAAUCGGAAACGUCAGUGACUACGACCACCGAAGUCUCAACUGCGAUGUCGUCAAUCUCGUAUAACCAAGACUGUGGCCCAGAAUCGACCUGCGAGAGCUACAGCGACUGCGCCGACGAAAACUGUGGCUAUUCUUCGAUUUCUGAGAUAGACGUGACUGAUGAUCUUCGGCAGGAACAAGCUACCACGGCAUCCAUAACACUCUCGGAUAGUUCGGAAUCGGAAUCGGAAACGUCAGUGACUACGACCACCGAAGUCUCAACUGCAAUGUCGUCAAUCUCGUAUAAUCAAGACUGUGGCCCAGGAUCGACCUGCGAGAGCUACAGCGACUGCGCCCACGAAAACUGUGGCUAUUCUUCGAUUUCUGAGAUAGACGUGACUGACGAUCUUCGGCAGGAACAAGCUACCACGGCAUCCAUAACACUCUCGGAUAGUUCGGAAUCGGAAAUUUUAGUGACUACGACCACCGAAGUCUCAACUGCAAUGUCUUCAAACUCGUAUAACCAAUACUGCAGCCCAGGGUCGACCUGCGAGAGCUACAGCGACUGCGCCGACGAAAACUGUGGCUAUCCUUCGAUUUCUGAGAUAGACGUGACUGAUGAUCUUAGGCACGAACCAACUACCGCGGCUUAUAUAACAUCUUUGAAUAGUUUGGAAUCGGAAACUUCAGUUACUGCCUUCACCGAAGCCUCAACGGCGAUGUUCUCAAUUGCGAAUAACGAACACAAAAUCGUUAACUAUCUUCCACCUCCUGUCUUCGAAAGACCCACACCAAUGACUGAUCAGCCUAUCGAUCCUUCUGAAGCGACCACCGCGUCACUUGCAUCAUUGUAUGACAUUCCGAACGCCGGCUUUGACAAACUCACCACAACGUCCUUUCACGAAAUCACGACCUCAGCGCUAUCAAACGUCAAGUCACCUGAAUUCACAGACGACAUCUCGAUCUUGGGCGUGACGAUGAAUCACGAUAUAGUACACGAUGUAGAGACCGGUGAUCAGACGGUGGAUUUCUCGCCAGCUAAUGAUGAUUCGUAUUUCAGCCCUAGCGAUUCAGAUGAAACAAGCAAAUCGAACGCUUCUGACGAAACAUCAGUGUCCUGUGAAAGUGGGGGGUCCUGCGUUCAUUCGAUACUCUUUGAGCGAACAACAAACUCUUGGGAAGACGAAACCAGCAUUGAGACCGAAACCCGUAGAGACGGCAAAAAGACUAAUAUUGAACAACUUCCCGUGACUUUGACGACCGACACCGGCUACAUUCAGAUUACGAAAUUCGGCAGUUAUGAUAGUGUGGAAUACCUUGCUGACAAAAAUGUGGCGUCCACCACUAAGACCGGCGAAACUUAUAAUGGAGACGAGUUUUCGCCACGCGUGACGAUUGUUGGUUUGCUAGAUUUCGAAAGUAAUCGAGCGACUCAGUUACCUUCUUGCGAUUCUAACUCAGAAAAUUGCAGUUAUACUAGGGAAAGCACCAACUCAUCUUGCGACAAAGAGUCUGGUGGCUGCUCUCCAGACAACUUAAAAAUCUGUGACAGUGAUUCAACUGGCAGUUGUGCUUCACCACAGCACGCUCGAGAUUUCCCUGAAUUACCAUCAAUGACAAGCUCAACCCCCAUUGAAGUCAGUAACACUUCAACGACCAUGAAUGAUGUACCAACAAUUAAUUUAAAGCAGAGACACAAGUUGGGACUGAGGAUCAAGAUACUGCUUGAGCAUGUAGAUGACAAUAAAGAGAAGCAGAAGCUAGUUGAGGUCAAUAAGCAUUUACUGUUUCGUGAGCAGGCGGAUGAACAAACGGACCAGACACUGAUUAAUCAAAUCGGGGCGUUGAACAACAAUAUUGACAUUCAGACCGUCCAAGCAUUAUUCAAUUGUUCGACUGUAGAAAAGCUCACUGGAGAUCUGGGUAAUAUUUCAGCUGAAUAUCUCGCGUUGCACGGUGGAGCCAAAAAUAUAGGCGUUAACAAUUCCAGGAACUCACACUGGCGCAAGAAAAGGGACGUGAGUUCACUGUCCAAACGAGACGUGGAUUCAAAUUUGAAAAUGAGUCUGCCAGAAAUAGUCGCUGAUAUUCAUGCCGGAUUGGAUCACGUUAUGAGUCAAAUACCGUCAGAACACGCAGUGGUUAAAUGGAGCGGAAGAAUGAUAGAAAACGAGAUCCCACAAUCUCACAUACUGGAACUCAUAUCGAAUCCGCAGGAUAAUCGCAUCCACGCUAGAAUUAAAAGAAACAUAGGUAUCCAUGAUGUAGCAAUUAAUGAAAAAGAUAUGCCGAAAGACCUUCAGGAAGUUGGUCACUGGUCCACCGAGGGAGUAAGAAGGGGAUUGAACAGCGGUUACGUUCGGACUCUCACUGAGUUUACUAUUUACAGGGGUCCAUAAGCACAGUGCUAAAUAUAGGAUAGACCAACGAUAAUUGUAUUCUAAACGAUCGUGCAAAUAAAGAGUUAUGUAGUUACACACGAGUCUUGUACCACGUGGU